UACGUCAAAAGUUGUCACUACGUCGGCGAUGGUCAACAGGACGUCAACGCUUUGUAAAAUGUUUUACAGAUAGAAGCUUCUUCUGACUCGGGGGAUUUCACAUCUGCUCGUUCGUAAGAGACUAUGGAGGAACCGUGGGAUUUUGAGUUUUUGUCCCGUCUCGCAGACGGCUGUUUAUCGUUUCUCUCCGAUUUUGUGGACGACUGGCUGGCCAAUGACAUGAGGGUCUCUAUAUUCAAAAUCUUACUUAGCUGGUUAAUUUUCAGUCUUGUCGCUAUUCACUUUGCGUGGAAAGUUUACGGGAAUACAGUGAACGAUAUGUAUUACAGACAAGGGACCGGACAGAAUGGAGGAACGGCUGAUGCUGCACCUUCCCUGACUGGAUGGUAGGUGUUCCAGCAUCCUGUGGCUUCAGUCAGGGAAGGCACAACAGACAAUACUCCGAAGACUCAUCGAGAUUAACAAGACAAGAUGAACACCCCCCCCCCCCCCCCCCCAAGAUGAUAGCCAAAGUGUUAAGCGUUAAUGGCUGCACCAGUGAGGUUUUUGGAAACUGGCUUUAUUGUUUUCAAAGUGGAUGAACAUAUUGGCAACUGCACGGUGAAUGACCAUUUUCCAUGCAUACCAACAGUCAUGGUGUUAAAGUACAAUCAGUUAUGAAUGCAAAGAGUCAGUUUAGUCCUGCACCAAAACACACAACAUUAGUCUGGAACAUUUGACACUGAAAACCUGCUGAUAUAUGGACCAAAACACAACUAUAAAAAUAUUUUAGUAGCUGAUUAAACACUUGAUUACACCAUCAUUGUUUGCAAACAACAUCGUCACCCAGUAGGAUAAGUUAAAGAAAAGUCAGACCUCUGAUUUUUUUUUUUUUUUCAAAUCUGAAGUCAGAGUUUGAUGUGAAUCCAUUUUCAACAUGACAUUCACAUGAUCCACAAUAAUAGCACAUUCAUCCUUUGUACUACAGCAUGCCCCCUCACAUAUAGACAUUUCAUAGGGUAUAUUAAUAACCCUACAACUGUUAAGACUGUCGCCUAUGUGGCUAAAAUUAGUUAAUCUAGUUAUAACCAAUCAUUUCAAAAGGAAAUGCCUAUCCAACUGUUUUUUUCUAAAACAUGGACCAUGCAGAAAGUGUAAUCAAGUGUCAGAACAGUGAAGCAUGUUUUCAAUCAUUUCAAUAUCUCAAACAUGUGGCAUUGCUAUGUGAU